GCGGGUAUUAUAAAACCUUACUUGUUAUUGAACAUAACUCGAUUAAUAUUGAUUGAAUAGUGAACAGGAAAGUGAUACUAUGGGAGUAUGACAAAAGCAUUUCCGGCACAUACUGUAUGUAACACGGACAAGCUCGGCUUCCUUGUUCAGUAUGAUAAAAUAGUUGAACAAUAUCCACAUUAGACACUUGGUCAGAUAUGGAGGGAAACUUAACACUGGAUAGACUACCUGUCAAUCUGACUAACUUUUCCUCACUGCAGGAAUUAGAAUGGGAGGAUUUUUUAACCAAUGAUAUUCCCAUUGUUGUCUUUCUUGCUAUUCUCUCCGUGGUCGGUACAGUGGGUAACGGACAUGCUUUCUGUGUAUAUUAUUUCUGUUACACUUCUUCGAACCAUCGGACUUUUGUGGUAGCUCUAGCAUUGAUAGAUUUCAUUGCCUGUUUUGUAGUGAUACCAUUUGAGAUUUUUGACAUUAGAUAUAAAUAUACUUUUACUUCGUCCAAUACGUGUAAAACCUUUCGAUAUAUGAAUCACUGCGUUGUGAUAAGUUCAGGUUUAAUGCUUGGUGUGAUCGCCAUUGAGAGAUUUCGGAAAGCCUGUAGACCUUUUCUCAGACAGUUAUCACCGAAGGGAGCGUUCUUUGCAUGCUUGGGAACUGUCUUUUUUUCUGUUUUAAUAAGUAUCCCCGUGACUGUUUUCUAUGGUUCAGCGGAAAAAGAAGUCGGUGGAUUCAUUGGCCAUAACUGCCAGGCUCUACCCAGCUUCCGGAAAAAUCUAUUUUACAAAAUGUUUAAUGGAUUUCUACUUUUACUUAGCACUAGUGUAUUUGUGAUAUGCACGGUGGUUUACAUAUUUGUUGGGCGGGUACUGUACAAACAAAUGAAAUUCCGUAUGGAGGCGCAGCAAACUCACAGAGGAGCGCAUCAGUCUAUGAUUAAUAACGAUGCCGAGAGUGAGUCCAGCUCAGUUGUGUUGAGUUCUAAAGAAAUUUCCUCACAGGGAAGCAGAAAAAGCGCUCUUCGUACACUUAGUUCUGUAUCACUUGGCGCUUUGAACAGACUGUCUACAAAACGGAAGAAACUAGGUGUUAGUCGCAGUAGACGAAUCACCGUGAUGUUUAUUGUCGCAACAGGUGUGUCGUACAUCGGAGUAUUCCCGAAUAGCGUGAUUUUGAUAAUCAAGGCUGUGAAUUACACUCACUACAAGACUCUAUCUGCUAAGCUGGGAUUUUUUAUUGGACUUCUUUUACGGGGAUAUUUCCUUAGCAAUGUGACAAACCCCAUAGUGUAUAGCUUUUUUGAUGACCGUUUUCGGAGGGAGUGUAAAAAACUAUAUUCUAAGUUAAAAUGUUUAAAACCUUAGUUUCAAACA